UUUCUAAAUUAUGCGACAGAAAUGAGAUAUAUCGACGUGUCCAACCAUUACAGUAGUGCACAAAAAGCUCUUCACACGCGUACUACUGUGAGUCUUCUGCCGCCAAACGCAAUCGUCGAGCACCUCCACGUGCCCUCCUCUCUUCUCCAUUUAAGCCUGCAGGCCAAGCAGCUGGUUGAAAUCGUUGAGGAGCGAGUUAAACCAUGUCGACGGGGCAAGAGGCGCGCGAGGAGCGGGAGAGCGACGGCGCGAGGAAGGCGGCGGACGAGCUCGCACCCUCCCAAAGUGGGCACGAGCGGGAAGGCGCCCGCGAGAAGCACCACCCGGGCGUCCUCGGGAGCAUCAAGGAGGGCACCAAGUCCCUCCUCGGAGCGAUGACCGGCAGAACGCAGGAAGCAGCGGAGAAGACUUCUGAGAAGGCCGGGCAGACCAAGGACGCUGUCGUCGAAAAGGCAAAGGAUCACAAGGACACCACUGUGGAGAAGAUAGAGGAGACGAAGGAGAAGCUAGGCGAGUACAAGGACACGGCGACGGAGACGGCGAAGCAGAAGAUGGAGGAUUACAAGGAUGCGGCGGCUGACGCCGCCCAGAAAGCCAGGGACUACUUGGCCGGGACAGGAGAAGCGACAAAGGGGAAGGUGACGGAAGCGGAGGAGAGGGCGAGGCAGAAGCUGGAAGAGGCAGAGCGAGCAAGGGAGAGGGAGGAGGAAAGGCGAAGCACCGAGGUGCACAGAGCCAAGGACACAGAGAAGGGAAGAGAUGAUAAGGGAGGAAUUCUUGGUGCGGAAUGGAGCGUGGCCGAGAGGGUAAAAGAGACGCUGACAGCGUCUAAAGACGAAGGUGAUAAGGCGGCGGACGAGCCGAAGAGGGAGGCGGAGAGCGUCGAUCCCCAUGGCAAGAUGUGA